GCAUAAUAUCUUUGACGGUGAUUGGUUAUAAAAUAAACUUAGACUUCUAACUAUCUGAAGUGGAAAUAGAUGUGGGUAUGAUAUGGCAAAACCCCUUGGGAGUUGGGUCAAUUGCAAAGUCAAUAGAUAGCAACAAUGCAACAGUUUGUCUAUUAAAUGCCUAAGUAACUAUUAAAUUCCUAUAAAAUGGCUUACAUUUUCCGCAAAGAUUUAGUUGUCACCGUGACAAGUUGCCGAGAGCAUGAAGUUGGUUUUGAUACUUCUUGGAGGACUCCUGAUCCUUAAAAAUGCUACUACGUUUGGUCAGUAUUUUUCCUGUUUCGCGGAUGGCAUAUGUGUUUGCUCGGGUCAUCCAGUGGGCGAUAGGGUACCGGACUGCGAGGAUUGCUCCGGUUACUACCAAUGUGGCGAUGGUAAUGUAGAGAAAAAGAAAUGUUCCCCCGGCCUGAUCUUCAACAUCAAAUUACAAACCUGUGUGGAGGGUCAAUGUCCGAGAGGGGAUGGCUUUUGUGCGACGACCAACACAGUGCCACCACCAACUACUUCGACUUUAACUACAGGAUCACCAGCUACAGGACCUCCAGGAGGAGCCUGUUCUAAUGAAGUGAAAUGUAGCUUCAAUGGCGAAAUUAUUGCCCAUGCUCAACACUGCCGCUUAUUUUACAACUGCGUGGAAUUGUGCCCUGUUUUGGGCUUUUGUGAGCUGGGCAAAUGGUUUGAUAGGGAGAAAUUCGUGUGUGAUCUCCCAGAAAAUGUCCGCAACUGUCCUCCUAACCAGGACUAGGACACUGAUUUUCAUUUCUUACAAAGAAUUUUGCUAACACCAAAAAUUAAAACCAAAUCAUUAAAACACA